AUGUCAACACUCUUCUGGUCCACAUGGUUCUUCUGUCUUUCUGUUAAUGCUGAAACAUUUGUCUCUCAGCCUGGGGAGAGCGUCACCUUCGACUGUUCCUUCAUACGAUGUCACGGCACCAUCAGCGAGCCAUUCGGGAUGUAUCUGGUUCAUACUUUAUCCCAGAAGGAACAUGUGCUGUACUAUGUCACCAAAAUGGACACAAAUGAAAACAUUAUUACCCAGAAAAAAAGAUACAUCAACAGGACUAAAACUGUAGGAUCUCUGACAAAAAACACCAUCACCAUCAGCAACCUGACUGCGCUCGACGCCGGCUUCUACUCCUGUGAAUACCACAAACGUCUAUCAAAUGACCUAAUCGAAUGCAACAAUCACAUACUUUUCAUCACUGAAACAGUGUCAUGCAUCAGAUCGGUGACGGCGGGUCCAGGUUCCAGUGACUUGGACUCACUGCACUGUCCAGUUCAGGAACAAUGCCCUUUGGUGUUAAUUAUCAUCACGGCCUGCACCAUCACUGUCAUGGUAACCAUCAUCCUCAUCCUGCUGAUCAUCCUGAUGGAAAAACUGCGGCAGAGAGCUUUCACAAGAAGACGCGUCUCUCAGACCUCUGGGGAAUUUGUUUACGAAGUUAUGAACAAAAAUGGUUUCCACCCUCGACCAGCAAUGGAUCAGACGCCCUGUUCCCCGAGGUGCAGCUUGUAGUGUGUUCUUUUCUGCAAAUAUUUGAGAGAAGCAAUGGCC